ACAACAGGUAUGAAGCAUAGCAUGUGCAAUUCCCAUACAAAGAGACACAAAUGGAAAACCUGGCGACGAAAAAGAAUUGGACUGAUGAGGAGCGGCUAGAGCUGGCGGCGCAGUUAGAUGCUCAGCUGGAUGAAUUCAUCGAUGGCUUGGAAAAGAAACGCUAUGAGGAGGGCUGGCCAGAGGAUCGCUGGCAGGAGGAAAUGGACAAGCAUCCGUUCUUCAUGAAGAAAACACCACAGCCAGGUGAUGAGGUGCAUCCGAUGUUCGAGGGUCUGCAAAAGCUCAAAUACGAUCCGGACGAGAAUACGCAAGAAGAGCUGGCACUCAACUACAAAGAGGAUGGCAAUUUCUAUAUGAAGCACAAGAAAUUCCGCAUGGCCGUCUACUCAUUCACCGAGGCCAUCAAAACGAAGUGCGACAAUCCCGAUGUGCUGGCCGUGCUCUAUAACAAUCGUUCAGCGGCACAUUUCUUCCUCAAGAAUUAUCGUUCGGCUCUGAGUGAUGCGCAGCGUGCGCUCUUCUAUAAGCCGGACUAUACGAAGGCGCGCUGGCGUGCUGCUCAAUGUGCCUAUGAAUUGGAGAAGUUCGAUGUAUGCACGAAGCUGUGCGAGGAGCUGCUCGAAGUGGACAUUGAUCAUAAAGAAGCCAAGGCGCUGUUGCAUAAGAAUAAAAUGAGAAAGCUCGAAGUGGAUCGCAAUCAGCGCAAGGAAGCGGCCGAAACCAAACGCAACCUGGCCCGUUUCCAGAAGCUGCGUGCAGCAUUGGAGCAGCGUGCCAUCAAAUUUGAUGAUCAGCCCAUUAAUAAACGUGCGAAUAUUACGGAACAAUUGUUGGUACCGAAGUUUUUGCCCCUCGAGGAUUAUCCAGUACAUUUGGAUGCGGAGGAUAACAGCACCUUGAUUUGGCCCGCUGCCUUCUCGUAUCCCGAAUUCCUGCUCAGCGACUUCCAACAACAACUGCCCGAGACGGCCACCAUGCAAGAUUGCCUGAACACACUGUUCGCGGAGCCGUUGCCUUGUGACCGGACUCUGAGCUAUCGUCCGGAUAAUGUACAUGUCUACUAUGAGAACCGCAAGGCGGGCUGUGUGCACAAGGUGGACCUGGCGAAGACAUUGCGUGAGAUUAUAAGUGAGAAGGGUUUCUUUGUCUCGGGCGGCGCAUUGCUUUUCUAUGUGGUGACCAAGGAUACGCGUGUCGAACAGGAGUUCCUCCAUCAGCAACGACGACCCAUGGUCUACAGCUGAGACUAUGAUAGGGAUAAAUAUAAGCAAUACGUUGUAAUUUUAGUAGUUAACAAGCAUUUGAUUAGUUUUUAUUGUUCAAUUGCUGCGAAAUAUGUAUAAAGUAUAUGUUUUUAUUAUAUAUUUUAUAUUUUAGUCACGGUACAAUUGAGCCUUGUUAGCGCUGUAAAAGAAGCUUAUUCAAUAUCCAUAGUUCAUAUAUCCUUGCGGUAGAAGCUAAGAAUGCCUGACACAUACAUUCAUUUGUGCGACAUACAAAUAUAUACUACAUAU